AUCCCAGGUAAGGCUGAUGCUCCUCACACGGCACAAUGUUUAGGUUGUUUCUUUACGGCGCUGGCAGCUCCGAUCGGGUUUCCAUCGCAACUUUGGCGGCUCGGUUUCACCAGGAGUCUUUGAUACCGCUUCCUGUUUGACUGGAGGAUCUGAUGGAACCCCCUUCGUACGAGGAGGCAAGUCUACACCCUUCAGCCUUCAACGUCCUCCCUCCCCCCUACUACCACGGCCCCCAGCACUCCCCCCCAACACCUCCUCCCACCUACGGUGAAGCAGUCUCAACCCGGCAGGAUCCUUUCCCCGUGUUGACUUUGCCGACUGCUCAGACGUCACGAAACCACGGAACCGUGAUCCAUCCCAUCACACAAAUCGGUGCGGUGCGGCACGGCGGCAGCAGACGACCUCAGCCGGCGGCGGUGGUGGUGACGCAGCCGGCGCCCGUCCCCGUCUCGGUGAGACACCUGGGAGACAUCCCUGCCCUGGUACGCUGCCCGCACUGCAACAGAGUCGUCACCACUGUGGUCAAACACGUGCCCGGGAUGAGCGCCUGGUCUUUGUGCGUUUUUCUGGCAUUGAUGGGGUUGAUCUGUGGUUUCUGUCUGAUUCCGUUCAUGGUGCAAAGUCUACAAGAUGUUCAUCAUUACUGCCCAGAGUGUAAAAACCGCCUGCACGUACAUCAAAGGUGACACUUUGGGAACCAAUGCGGCUGUUGUCUAACAGGGAGAAAUGACAAAAAUGUAAAAAGAUGAUACGUGUCUGAUCUUGUAUGUACAUACUCACUCAAACUGUGAUAACAAUAACUGUGAUGUAGGAUAUGGAGGAUAUUGGAAGACACAUUGACUCAGAUUCAUUCUUAAUAAACCAGAGGGAGCGAGCUCACCUGUGUGGGUGUGCAGGGCCGUCGAGCUGCAACCGGUUAAACAUUAACACGCAUUUGGAACCUAACAAGUUAAAUUGAUUAACAGUUACAAUAUAGAGUUUAAAAUGAUGGGGUCUUUAUCUUUAUAAUGCUGUUUCCCUCAGUGUCCGGUCCUCAUGCCUACAGUUCCUUCUCUAGCAGACUGAAACUAUACGAGUAUCUAUCUUCUCAUCCAACCCUCUGCAAGAAAGUCAAAUAAAUACUGAUCUUAAAAUGAAUAAACACACGGGUUGGAUUGUCAUGCAACCCUUCAUGUAUGUGUGUGGUGCCCGUGCUGCUGCGACUAAUUCCUGCAGCCAACAUCAAGGCCCAGUUUGAUUCUUUUUCUUUUUUUUUUUAAAUCAAAUUCUUGUGAUCUUAUUAUUUAUCAUUCUAUCAUGUUGAUAGGCAAAUAAACAUGGUCUUUGUUACUUUGCUGAA